AUGCAUAUUAGCCUCGAGCCGACUAAGACACCUACUCGAGAAUCCUCUUCUCUCUCGCCUUGCGUCAACAUUCCAUCUACCGACCCGACAGAGAUAGACUCAGAUGUGGAUAUGUCGACUACCUCAGAAGAAUCGGAAGCGGAAUUACCAACCAUUCCUUACCUUUUUUGUCUCUCUUGCAGCAUUCCCCGCAAUAUAAAUUUGAUGGACUCCGGAAUCUGUCUCUAUUGCCUGGAGGAGAAAAAGUACUGCAUCUAUGGUGGCCACGAUGGGUAUCGGGUGACCUUCAUUGACCAACAUGGAGAGGAGCAAGUCCGUUGCAACAACUGUCGUGGUGAGGACACAUCUGCAGAUCCAGAGGCUGAGAACCUUGAUCAGAAGGACUUGGAGGUCAAAUCAUUCGUUGGUGCCAGUUCUCAGGACGAGGGAAAGCCCUACGCUGAGUCUCAGGUCACAACGAACUCCAGGACGAUCAUUCCCGAGACAGAAAUCUCGAUUCAAUCCGAGGGCGAUAUCGAGCCACAGGCCGGUUUCAAUAUGCAAUUUGACCUGGAUUCACAGGAAGAGAUCGAACUUGGGGUUGACAUGAAGCUGCAGCACCAAAUCGAGCCCCGAGCGCGUACUGGCUUUCCGACAGAAACCCAACCCCAGGACGAUACCAAGGCGCAUAUCGGCUUUGACCCACGAAGGAACCCGAAAUAUAUCGAAUCCUUGGCUGGGGUUUGCCAAAGUCUAUUGAACAAAGCCAAUGCCGAAAAAGAACGUAUUUCUGCACUGGAAACAGAACAUGAAGUUGAAAGUGACCCCGCAUUUGAGCCUCUCGAUGUGAAACCAGAUUCUGCACAUGAGAUCAACAUAAAUAGCAUUCCAUCAUUCAGACCCGAGUCUUCACAAGUCGGGAGAUUGUUUUGGGAUCCCAUUUUUAUCGAUUCAGAUUGA